CUGAUCCACCAGGGAAAUUACCGAGAGUUGAUGGGUAACGGAGAAUUGUGUGUGGAAUAAACAAAAUAUUGAAAUAACUCUCGUUGGAUUUGUUCAACGGUUAUUCUUGAUUAUUAUGACUGCUGAUUGACAUUGCGGAAUGUACAUAAACAUCAAUCAGCAACAAUGUUCCGUGACAUAUUGAGUGCGAUAACCAUCAUUGAUAUUGUUUAAUACUUAAUUUUGUCAGUGACAACAAUGUUGCAUCGUUCCUACAAUUUUUUGUCGUCAGCCCGUAGUAAAUUCAAUUAUUACCAUCUCGAUCAAUUGUUUACAUUGAGGAUAUUCGUGGCAAAGCGACACGCAAGUAUUUUAAUAACCCCGAGAAAUGGAAACUGUUAUAAAUUACGAUUGCCCAGGGAGAGCAAACGAAUCUGUCAUAAGGAGGCGAAUUUUUUUGAUGCGAGAUGGCCUUAUCUCAGUAUUACUAGAGAAUCAGGGGAUGAUAGCAAAGCGAAGAAUCAGGAGAUACCCAAAUUAGUGAAGGAAUUGAAGCAAACUCUGCAGCAGAAAAUUGUUGAAUUGGAUGGUGGAGAAAAACUUGGGAAACUCAGGGAGAGAAUUUUGGAAGUUGAACCUGUUAUUUUGACGAAAAAAGCUGAGACUAUUGGUGAUAAAAUUGAGGGGAAGAUUGAGGGAUGCAAGGAGAUUGGGAAGAAAGAGGAGGCUAUCAAGAAAGCCAAAAGACGAGUGGAUCACUCAGCUUCAUCCCUAGAAAGGAACUUUAUCACUCCAGUUCGUGCAAUGACAGAUUUUUUACUGAAGCCAACGGAUUUGGAGUCUCUUCCAAAAACAAAACGAAGAUCACCUUAUGAAGACAAACCCCCAAUCACCGUUUACUGGAGAAAAGAUGUCGAAGCUAAGGCUAUAGAAGUCUGGGGCUCGAGGGAAACCCUGCUGAAGGAGUUACUGAAGAAAGAACUUGAAUUAAAAACUCAUCAACAAAAUGUUUUCACAGUCAAAAGACGACUACGUGAUUACAGACGAGAACUAGGUAAUAAACCAGAGACCAUUGAUAACGAGAAUGAAGGUCUCUUCGGCAGGUCCGGAAGAGUAGUUUUAACAGCUGUAGUAAUAAACGCUAGUAAUUUUUUAUUCAAACUUGUCGCCUGGGUGUACACUGGCUCCCACAGUAUGUUUUCGGAGUGUAUACAUUCCGCUGCUGAUACAUUUAAUCAACUGAUAUUGGCUUAUGGUAUUCACAAAUCAGUUCAGAAUCCAAAUGCAGAUCAUCCUUACGGCUACACAAACAUGAAAUACGUCUCCUCAUUAAUAUCAGGCGUUGGAAUUUUUUGCGUUGGCACUGGCCUCUCGAUUUACCACGGAAUCCAUGGGAUUCUCUUUCCAGAUCCUGUGGAGUCAUUCUACUGGGCCUAUUUCAUUCUCGGAGGCUCCUUGGUGUCUGAAGGAGCGACUCUCCUGGUGGCGAUUAAUUCAGUGAGGAAAGGAGCUGAGGAGAAACGUCAGUCGUUCAAGGACUACGUCCUCUCUGGACAAGAUCCUUCGGUCAAUGUUGUACUUAUGGAGGAUUUAGCUGCAGUUAUGGGGGUGACAGUUGCUGGGUGCUGCAUGGGACUGACUUCUUACCUAGGAAAUCCAGUCUUUGAUGCUGUUGGAUCGUUGCUCGUUGGAGGCCUUCUCGGGGGCGUUGCUUCAUUCAUUAUUUAUACCAAUGUUGCUGCUCUCAUUGGGAGGAGCAUUCCACAGGAGAGUCUUGAUAAAAUUAAUGCUGAACUGGAGUCUGAUGUUAUGGUUCGAGCUAUUUAUGAUGUCAAAGGAAUAGACAUGGGAAACAGUCUCGUUCGAUACAAAGCAGAAAUUGAUUUCGAUGGACGAGAAUUAACGAGGGCUUAUCUUGAUAAGCAUGACCUGAAUACAAUGCUCGAGGACGUGAAAAAAAUGCAGAGCAUUGAUGAACUAGAGAUAUUUUUACUGAAGCACGGGGAGAAUAUCGUUGAUAUGCUGGGUGGUGAAAUCGAUAGGAUUGAAUUGAAGCUGAAGAAAAAUCAUCCAGAAAUUCGGCACUGUGAUCUCGAGGUUCUUUGAACCCUUAUAAUUACUUAUCUAUAACGAAACUACUGUAAAUAAACUAUACGAUAAUUAUUAA